AUGACCUUACCUCCCUGUGAGGAAAGGCCUAACGAGGUUGUACCAGAAGAGCCAUGGUUGGAACAGUAUGUGAUCGGUGUAUUCAAAGUAUGGCACAUCAUAUUUUCUGGACUAUUCUCUGGACUGGCAAUAGUUAUAGUACUUUGUUGUCUAUUUCGAUGUCGAAUACCGCGAACCAAACAGGAGAUCGAAGCAGAUUUUGUUCGCCGAAGAAUCACAAAAGUUUUUAGGACUCAUCUCAAUAAAAUCAAAGUCGAAGAUCUCGAGGCUCAGCCUAACAAUCUGGUUCCAGUGCUUCAAAAAGUAGAGAAAAUGGAAAUCAGUCGAAUCAAUAAACAGGUGUCCUUCGAGGCCGGUAAGCAAACCUGGCGUCAAAAGCUACGGGCAUUGUUUGCUAUGGAACGGGAGAUGACUCAUAGCUCAUCCAUCGAUGACGACACGUUGGGAAAUAAAUUUGAAGACGAAGACGAAAUAAUUCUGCCUGAAGAGGACCGUGCGAUUAGAAAACAAAAAGAGACUGAAAGGAGAGUAGAGGACGAAAAACGUAUGAAAGAGAUCAGCAAAACUGUGGACAACGCAAAGAUUGACAGCUCUUCUUUCAACGUGAUUACGGAUCAGUUUACGAUUCUAAUGGGCUUUGAGUCGGACAAAGACCGCAAGAAAAGAGAGAAAAUAGAGAAAAAACAAAAACAAAUUGAAGAAAAACAGAGAGAAUUAGAUGAAAAACAGGAAAAAAAAGAAAGAGAAAAGACAGAGAAAUUUGAAAAAAAGAAAAAAGAAUUGGAAGAAAAACUAAUGAAAGAAGAGACGAAAAUUAAAGCAAAGAAAGACAAACUAUUUGGUAAAUAUAGUGAAGAAACAGACAAAGAGCACAACAAAGUCGCCGAUGAAAUCACUAUUGAAGUGAAUGGCAAAGUAGAGGAUACGAUGGAUGAAAAUAAUGAAUACAUUAAAGAACAGAAGGUAGCGGACAGUGAGCAAAGUGUGACCGGUUUGGUUGAUGUCGAGAGCAUAAGUACUAUUAAAACACAAGAACCUGAAGUCGAGAUAUUGAGUCCAAAAGCAAAGAAACAGAAAGAAAAAGAAGAGAAGAAACUAAAAGAAAAAGAACGCAAAGAAAGAGAAAAAGAGGAGAAAAAGGCUAAAGAAGAGAAAAAAUUGAGAGAAAAGGAGGAAAAGAAAGAACUGGAGUUAAGAAUGAAGAAAGAGAAAGAAAUGCAAAAAUUAAAAGAGAAAGAAGAGAAAGACAAACAAAAAAUGAAAUCA